GUGUGGCGUGUGCUCCCGUGUCAUGAGCUCUAACCCCCAGUACCCACCCCGUCUGACGACACAUGCAGGAACUUUGCUGAGUCUUGAGGGCGAGUGGGUGAGCACUCGAUGCGAGUCGCGUCAGUACGGCAUGUUUUUAACAAGGUGGCUCCACUUCCUGUCCGAUGGCUCCUCCUGGCAGGGCCAGUACGACUACUACCACGACGCCCUCUGCCGGCAUCCGUCGUUCUCCCUCAACGCUAAAGGCAACUACGCCGGCGGCACCGAGUCUCUCCUGGUCCAUGGUGCUAAGGACUACAGCUUUAAGGUGACGAGGUUAAAGGUCGUGCCCCACGAUCAGGCCACCGUGGACAGCAUGAACCACUACGGCGGCAACGGCUGCGGCAAGCCCCACGCCUGGGCUGUGGGCCAGGAACAGGACGUGACGUGGACGGGGGGCUGCGUCACCCUGGGGAUCCGCCUGCCCAACAUGGAGCGAGACAUCAUGAAGAUGGAGAUCGUGCACCGACGUCUGCACCUGUACGUGGGUCAAAGACUGACCGACAAAAAACCGGGGACGGUGUACCAGAAGGAGAGGCCGACCGCCUUCCAGGAACCGCUGGUCAAGUGUGAUCAAGUCGACCUGGACAUGAGCAUCAACACGGCGCCUGGGGGGCAUGGCUGGGCAGGGGGCAUCGCGCUGCCCUUGUCUGCAGGAAACGAUGAUUUUAAUCUCCGUAACAGAGGGUCCGCGUGUCAAUGCUGGCUGCCAGUUCUUGUUUUAGUUUUUAGCAUUGUCAGACUCGUGUAAAAAAUGUUUCGGUUUUUUGUU